AUGAUUCUGUCCACCCCUUCCGAAGCGGGUCCAUCUCGUAAAUUAUCCGCUCCCCAUCCUUCGACCGCAAUAUCAACGAACAAACGUCAAUACCCUCCAUCUCUACCACCCAUCUCAAAAAGUAAACCAUCCUCGACCCCGACAUUGCCGUUAAAGACGUUACAAGGUGUAUCAAAGACAAGAAGCGAUAGUACGAAAGAUGGAUUUGGAAGAGAGGUGGUGUUCGUGACGAGGAAAACGGGCUUGGGGAUGUUGAUGGGUAGAUGUAGGAGUUUGGUAGUCGAUGAAGGCUAUACAUCUCUCCGAUUACACGCGAUCGGGGCAGCCAUUCCUCAAGCAUUACUCCUUCUCCAUGCAUUGCUAGAUCUCUUACCUUUCCCCACAGGAGAGAAAGGAAUGUGGCAUGAGAUCAAGACUGGUUCAGUAGAAUGUAUUGAUGAGAUCUCACCGGCAACUUCGAAGAUCAAUGAAAAGGAGAAUGUCGCCGAAGCGGAAGAAGGAAUGGAAUGGUUGAAAGAUGUUGGAGCUAUAGAGGAGGAUGUGCCGGAGCGAAAGACUCGUAUUAAAUCAACGAUACAGAUAGAUCUCCAUAUAUCCCCUCGACCCACCUCGAAAAGGAAAUCAGUAGCUCAACCGAAUGACCAAAGUGUCAGUGCCAAGAAGACCAAAACCAGCAAGCGGAAUAGACCGAGUAAGAAGAAAAGACAACAACUGGCUAGCAAGAGAGUGGAAGAACGAGCAUUGAAUGAUGAAGAGGAAAUGAUGAAUAUUCAGAACGAUCAUGAGAAUGGUGAUCAACCGAUAUCAGGAACGAUGUUGUCGUCUCAGGAAGAGGAAGAAGAGGAGAUUGAAGAGAUCGAGAUGCGAUGA